CAUUCUGAGUUUACGAGGAGUCCCUGAAGGCGGCACACGUCCUGUUGGAAAACAGUAGGAGGGGUUUCAGGCAAAGGUGGACACGGACAUUGAAUCUGAGUAGAGAGUCAUUUAAAGAAACAACAUGUUAAAGUGGAGCCGCAGCAACAACAACGACGCGUAUUUUGAGAUUAUUUUUAUUUCCAGUUUAAUUUUUAGCUGAAGGUCCGCACUGCGGGACUAAAACAACCCACUACGGUCACGUCAACGUACCACAAGAGAGAAUGGGCGCAGCUCCAAGAUGAAUUAAGUGAAUCAUGUCUUUCACUGUUUUAAUGUCACAUCUGCUGGUGGUUUAGGAUCACCAGCAGCACUUCGGGCUCCUCUGUCGCCAGGAAACCAGCCUGGUGUCGGAUUAGCCACGAUGUUUCAAAACAACAACGAUGAGUGUGGCCUUGUGAUGAACCUCAGCGCUGCAGAACGCUGUGCAUUCGUGAAGAACACACCAGACUGUAACAUGGAAGAUGGCUUCAUCAACUACCUCCGUGUGGCCUUCUGUCUGCUUCCUCCCAACCUCACACCUCUCACCAUCACUCUCUGUUUUCACUUUCUACUUGUUAAACUUCUGUCAAUCUUGUGAAGUCAUUUUUUGUGAAGAAUAUUUUCCUUGACUGGUGUUUGUGCUGAGGGUGUGACAUUUUUGGCUCUUGGUAAUGGAGCUCCUGACAUCUUCAGUGCCAUUGCAGCUUUCUCCAACCCACACACUGCUGGGCUGGCUGUCGGAGCCUUAUUUGGAGCUGGUAUAUUUGUUACCACAGUAGUAGCAGGGAGCGUGGCGCUGGUCAAGCCUUUUGCUGUGGCCUCCCGGCCAUUUCUGCGUGACUUGAUCUUCUACAUGGUGGCAGUGUUUUGGACUUUCCUCAUGUUGUACAGAGGAACCACGACACUUAGCGAAACACUUGGGUACCUGAGCCUCUAUGUGGUGUACGUAUUGAUUGUUAUCAUCAGUGCGUACAUCUACAACCGGCAGAAACGUUCAUUGAACUCAAGUGUCCAGAACGCGGUACAUAUUCCAGCCGAGUUUGACUCGUCGGACUCGUCUGAUGAUGACAUCCCCUGCCUGACUGGUAGGACUCCCCAACAGGAGUAUGAGUCAGAGUACAGGCCACUUCUGCCUUACUCUGAGUCCACGAGCAAGAUCCUGCUGAGCUCUCUGAACCCGGUGGACAACAGGGAGUGGAGGAGGAAAUCAUGGAGCUGGAGAGUCCUCAAAGUACUGAAGAUACCUCUAGAGUUCCUGCUGCUGCUCUGUAUCCCUGUAGUUGACCCUGAUAAAGAAGACAAGAACUGGAGACGCCCACUAAACUGCCUUCAUCUGAUCACUGCUCCUCUGGUGUGUGUGCUUGCCUUCCAGUCUGGAAUAUAUGGAGAUUAUAUAAUCCAAGGGCAGUUUCCCCUCUUGCUGCUGACUCUUCUGCUGGGACUUUUCCUGUCUGCCAUUGUCUUCUGCACCACCACUAACAACUGUCCUCCCAAAUAUCAUUCACUGUUUGCUCUUUUGGGCUUCGUGGUGAGUGCUGUGUUGAUCAGUGCAGCAGCCUCUGAGGUGGUCAGUCUUCUGCACAUGCUCGGUGUGGUGCUGAGUCUCAGCAACACUGUGUUGGGGCUGACUCUGUUGGCCUGGGGCAACAGCAUAGGAGAUUGUUUUUCUGACAUCACCAUCGCCCGGCAGGGUUACCCACGGAUGGCCAUAUCUGCCUGUUUUGGAGGCAUCAUCUUCAACAUGCUGUUUGGAGUAGGUUUAGGAUGUCUGGUGCAGAUGCUUGAUACACACAUGGAUGUGAAGUUUGAAGCAGAGGGUUUAUUGACGUGGAUUCUUGCAGGAGCUCUUGGUUUGUCUUUGGUCCUGUCCUUCGUCAUUGUUCCACUGUGCCGGUUCCACCUGGGUCGGACCUACGGGAUCUUCCUCCUCAUCUUCUAUGCCAUCUUCCUCCUCAUUGCACUCCUCACAGAGUUUGGCAAGAUCCACAGUAUAUAGAUUUGACUCUGAGGUCAGUCUGAAAUGAGGGAUGUCCUCCCGUAAUGAGUAAUACAAAACUCAAUUGCACUCUAUAACUUGUUAUAUUGUGACAAUACCCCUACCUACCUACCUAAGGACACAGUGGAACAGAAGCUGCACAUAAUAUUAAUGCACUAUUUAUACAGGAAUCUACACCUUGUGUACUUGCCUGCUACCCGGAGCCGCCCUGUGGUGGGUUUGGGAAAACCAAGCAGGCAAAUGAAUGACAAAGACUUUUCUGCUCAGGGAGAGCUGAAAAUAAUCAUGACACUGUGCCUUUAUUCAACUCCUUAUUUGUGCUGACUGCUGCUAUGAUGGUACUGGUGAGUCCAGAGCAUGGGCACCGGAAGGGUUCCAAGGGACCAUUGUCCCACCACCACGCUUAAUGCAAUCUUCCCGUCCACCCUGUGUCUACAGCACAAGCGUGCAUUUUUUACUUGAUGGAUCGAAGAUAGCUCUAAGUACAAUCUAUGCAGUUGUCUGCACCGGCUCUGUGUGGGCUCAUGUUGGGCACACAGCGAGCUUGCAAUCUGUAUCAACAGUUUUGCCGUCUAUUUUCUCUGUGCGGUGAAUCUGGCAAGAAAACACACUGAUAAUCUAUUAUAAACUAUGUAAAUAAUGUAUGAAUAUAUAUGAAAUUAUCUGGUUCUGAUAAAUUAUGAUAUAUGUGUCCCAUGCUUGCCAAUACUUUUGAUUUUUCACUGUUCUGCCGGAGUUUCAUUUCCCCAGAUUUUUUUCUUCCCACAUGAUGCAAUAUAUAGAUCUACCCAUCCACUACAUUUAUAGGAAUAGUAUCAUGGCUGUUUUUUAAUGUGAUUUUUAAAUUACGUACUUAAUUCACAUAUUUGUCAGGUGUGUCUAAAUAGAGUGGCAGAGAGGAUCAGACACACACAUAGGCAGGAGAGAAUUCCCUCCCUGCAGAUCAUCACACAGGGCGAUGGUCAUUUUAACUUAAAUGUUGCAGAAGAGCUUUCGUUGUAAAUUCAUGAGGUUAUUAUAAACAGCUCGACAUGUCAUUGGAAAAAAGCAGAGGACCAGAAUCGCUGACCAGUGCUCCCACAAGGUUACAUACAUUAUAUUUAUCUACUAUUUGCAACCUGGACAGAGCAAAGUGUGCUGCUCUCUGCUCCAGUUUGAAAUGUAGGUUAAAAUACGGCCCACAUUUCCCAUCAUGCAGUGCUGGACUAAGCAGUUUAAGUUUGCGGUUUUAUGUUCCAAAAUGCAAAGGUUAAUUUUUGUUAUAUGUCUGUCCAGAACACGGUGAUUGAUGUUUGUAAUGUCCUUUUUGUGCUGGAUUAUAAUUUUAACUAUUAGUGAAGUUGAAAUUUGGGUACCACUCUGUUACAGCUUGGUAAUAACAUGGUAAUAGUGGCAUAAUAGUGUGAAGAUAAAGAGGUAAUAAUCAGGUAAUACUAUGUAAUUACUAAAGUAAUAACCAAGUAUUUAACCAAAAUGAUUAAGAAGGGGGAUAUAGGGAAAUGUAUGUAACAGAGUAAAGAAUAUUACCAAUAAAUAGAUACAGGUGGUUUAGCAUGUUGCAGCCCUGAUUCAUGGUUAUGCAUACACAGAAACUACCACAGGUGUUUCCAGGCAACGAGUCGCAGCAUUGUAUGUUUAAUUGUACAGUAUCAGUGUAAUGGAAAUUCCAUGAAUACCAUCUUGAAACACAGUCAUGUAAUUAAUGUUACUCACUGAGGGCCUCUGGUUUAUCGGGUACUGGGUAAAUGUAUGUGAUGUGUCCAGGGGGUCAUGUCUUUCAUUGUUUUACAACAUGUACUUGGCUGUACUAGGGCAUGAAUGUCUGUACGAAAGAUUUAGAUUGCGGAGGACAUCUUAAAGACAACAUGUUCCAGUGGUAAGAUAGUGCUGACCCUGAGAUUUUGAUAUAAGCUGCAUGUGCUGAGACACUGCAGCUCACUUGGAUGAUACUCUGAUGCGUGUGUGUGUCCCAGUGAUUUCCUUCUGCAGCCUAUUUUUCAUCCAAACUGGACUCUGUUGCAGCAGGGCUGCCAAACUGCCUGAGAGCUGUGUCAGUACAUCACAUAAAAUUGUGGGUUAUUUGGAUUUGA